UUCUCUAUUUAUAACUUCCUUAGUAAUAACUGGAAUUGACAAACAAAAAUAAUCGAAUCAACAAGCUAAAAAAUCUUGCUUUGAUUCAACUAUGAUCAUGAAUGAUUUACCUUUGCAUCUUCUCGACGAGAUUCUCUUCAGAUUAGAACCCAAAUCCAUGGCGAUGAUGCGAUGUACAAACAAAUCUAUCAAAUCGUAUUUAACUGACCCAAGAUUUGGACCUCAAUACCCUUUAUGGGUCAGAUCCAAUUUGAUUAACCUUUCGACCUCUGACAGAUCUCUCGUCGGCUGCCAGCCUUUGGUCUCUUCAUCUGAUUCUGUGGCACUAGAAUACAUAGCAGGGUUCAUCAACGACCGAUGUUACAUUUUUGGCUCAUGCUCCGGCCUUCUCCUAAUAUACAUUGGUCAUCUCUUCGUCGCAAAUCCCUUGACAAAGAAGUUUCGAAUCCUGAAUCACUCUGGUUCAAAGCUUCUGCCUCACAUAGUUGGUUGUGUCGAAAAGUAUGAUCCUUAUGACCCCGAUGGUCCCCUUGUUCGUCGUACAGAGAGAGCGAUGUGCGUUGGUUUCGUGGUAGAUCCAUCUCAAACCACCAAGAGAUUCAAGAUCGUCUGCAUACUUGAGAUGGAAACGAAGUACAGAUUCGAAAUCAGCGACGGAGAUUCUUGGAGGUUAUCGAAAACGACCCUAACGACUAGCUCCAAAAGUGGUCUCAAGACGCGGAUAAAACCUGUUUACGUAGACGGCAAUCUUCACUGGUUGAGAAACGACUGGAGCCUCAUAGCAUUCAAUCCCGAGACAGAGCAAGCACGACUGAUUCCUUGUAGCUUCCAUCCAACACCGGACACGAAGGUGCUUUUCGCAGCAAAAGAUAAGAUCAACCCCAUGACCUUGAUAUCAGGGACGAUAAAAGAAAUCUCAAUCUACACACUGCUUGGGAAUCACAAGUGGGCACUCGAAAGGCAGAUCAAGAAUGUAUCAAUGGAGAAAACAAGGUUUAAAUAUUGGAACGUAGUUGCAUAUGACGGCAAGUGUCUAGUGGUGUUGGAGAAUAAUGUGGAAGCUGACAGUUGGCGAGUUUUGGGGGGAGUCGAAUGUUGGUCCGAAGACUUCUAUAUGUUUACGCCCUCCUAUUUCUCUAUUGAGGAGGAUGAGCAGACAAAGGUGAUUGUAGCUUCUGAUGACCAACACAUCUCCUAUCUAACUACACUUUUGGAAGUCAUUGAUCCAACAAGUCAAAGAGACCUCACAAAAAGGACGAAUCCAAGCUUCUUCACAGGGACUUACAGAUCCGGUCAUUUCCGUUGCUAUCAAUUUUAAAAUGUAGUGUAAUCUACAACAAUGGCGGAGGAGGUGGAUUUAAGUUUCUCAUAGGCAAUUCAUUCAAACAUAUUUGAUGCAUUUUCUAAAUAUCAUGUUCCAGUGCAUUAUGAUUAACUUGAUAUAUAAUAAAAUCAAUCAUUCCUCUAA